AUGGUUGCGACAUGCGCAGAAUUAAGACGGAAACUUGUUAUUGUUGGAGAUGGAGCCUGUGGAAAAACAUGUUUGCUUAUUGUUUUUUCUAAAGGAUGUUUUCCAGAAGUAAGUAAAUGGGCUAUAUUGAGAAAAUAUUGUUUGUGGGAUUUAUACACAAACAUUGGGUUUUUUGUCUUCAAUAUGUUUAUUGGUUUCCUAGUGGAUGGCAAACAUGUAGAACUUGCGCUUUGGGAUACUGCUGGGCAGGAAGACUACGAUCGUCUACGUCCAUUAUCUUAUCCAGACUCACAUGUUAUCCUUAUUUGUUUUUCUGUUGAUUCUCCGGAUUCUUUAGACAAUGUUCAAGAAAAGUGGGUUCCGGAGGUAACGCAUUUUUGUGCAGGUCUUCCUGUUAUUCUUGUAGCAUGUAAAACAGAUCUCCGAGAUGAUCCAAAAACCGUUGAGGAACUUAGCAAAACGUUUCAACGGCCUGUUACGUCACAAGAGGGAGAAGCAAUUGCAUCUAAAAUUGGUGCAGUUAAGUAUCUUGAAUGCUCUGCAAAAACAAAUGAGGGUGUUCGUGAAGUUUUUGAAUGUGCAACAAGAGCUGCGAUGUGUAUAAAGCAGAAAAAAUCAAAAAAAUGCAUUAUUAUUUAG